AUGGCAGUUGCAGUGAAAGCUACCGGUCGCUACACAGUGCUAUAUUCAAACUCUAUUGGUUCUCUUAUUCAUGAGAUGCUAUGUUUGGUUCACCGCAAGACCUUUGGUUGGGCCACUGUUGGUAGUAUCGAGGACCAGAGAGGCGUGAGGCAUGGAACUCAACUAACACUGAGCUCUCUAAGGGCGACUGUCAAAAAGCAAGGGUCCAAUCUCUCACCGUGUGAGUACUUCUCUUUCCCUCCAAGCUUUGUUUCUUCUUCCACAAACAAGCAACUGCGCAACCAAAAAUCGAGCGCUUUGUUUACAUCCAUGAAAGAACAAGAUAAGCCCAAUAUUCCCAAUCCCUUUCCUUUCUUCCCGGCCACCGAAGGCACAAGCAAGAAAGCUGUUGCGCAGAGUGAUGUCGUCCGAGGUGGAAACCUCGUAGAUGCGUCCUUUGCCAAUAAGAUUGAUCCAUAUCAAAGGCCUGCAGGCCAAAACCCGUCUGCAGGUCUGACGCAUGGUUCAAGCAGCCAGACUGAAGAACACGCUCCGAAGGGCCAAUGUUCUUCUGUUUCGCCUGAAGAUCAGCGCGAAGCUCGUGAAGCCCCAAGGGGUCAACAAGUCUCGCCUGAAGUUGUACGCCAGUCUUUAUUGACUGAGCGUAAUGUUUCCGAACCAAGUGACCUCCUUCCUCAGCUGAAGCCGGGGAAUGGAGCGUCAGGCAAGGAUGCCGAGCCACAUAGAGUUGAUAGGUCUUCUUAUAGAACCCAAGAAGGUCCCGUCAACUCUGGCUCGAACAGCGCCGCUACAGAGUAUCCCAAAGGUUCUCGAGUGGCGAGCGAACAGCGUCCCAUGUCUGUCUUUACAUAUUGGGCGACAAAAGGAAAGCCUCAGGUUUAUAAGCCACCGCCUCCGCUCACAGCUGAGCAAGCUGAAACCAUAAGGUUACUCGCAGAGCCUUCUGAUACUGACGAUGAUGACAGUACCUACGAGCCAGAGUCCGAAGACUCAGACUUCGAUGAUGAGACCAACAAGGCAAUCAGAAGGAAGGACGUCGAUAAUUUAUUCGCCGGUGUUCCUUCGAGCGCUUCCAUCAAACCCACCCCGUUGCCCGAUUGGAAACACUCUGCGCAAUUCAACUGUCCGAUAUGCAGGAGGUCCCACCUCCCUCACUGCAAUCUGGUACAAGUUCCCAGAGAAGAAGCCAACAAGGCUAUAAGAGACAGUGCCAUACAACCUGGCAUUUCUGGAGCUCCCCAAGCACCCUCAGUCGGCGAGUCGAAGAAGAGAAAGGCCGACAGUCAACCAGAUGCGGAAAAGCGACCACGCUACGGAUCACCUCUCUCGUUCAUCCCCUUCUGCAUUCUCUGCGGCGGUACUAUCCAUGGAAAAGGCCAGCAUCGGCCCAAGUGCGAACGCUGUCCACUCCACCAUUACCCUGGAGAAUACUGCAUCGACAAGUACAAUCAGCUGCUGAACUGCAUGACGAACACGCCACUGUCUGCCCUCACCACGGUACCAAAGUAUUCCGACCUUGCAGAAGACGAUAUUCUGGGUAUGUUCAUGUGGGCUGGCCUCGAGACGGUCAACAGACAGGCUAUCGCAGCUCAUAAGGAGAGAAUCAAGUACCACAAAAAGCUUACCGUUCUCAAUGCUGCCCUGGCGGAUGCAAACAAGAGAGCUGGAGCCCACACAACACCGCAACAGCCCUUCAAACCUAGAGAAACCCCCUUGCCGCCUCAAUGA